CAAUUGACCUUGACUGGGAGUGAACUCAGCCAAGCUCUGCUAUUUCCAAUGGAACACAGCCAAUUUAUGGAAGGGCAAGAAGCUUGUGCUACUAUAGCCUGCUAAUACUGGGAAGAAGUGUCUGUUACACCUCAAGCAGCCUAAGGACUCUGAGAGGCUGCACAGAGACAUGAUAUGAGGUACCAACCCUGGAUCUCACUUGAAAAACUUGCAAAGGAAAACUACUCCCAGCUGCACAGAGAGAAGGACAUGCCCACCUCUCAUGGUAAAAACAUCACUCACAAGUCCUGAAUGAUCUUAAAUGACACAUCCUUUCCCUAAAGUAUCCCAUUUCUUAUCACAACUCCAUGAGGAAAGGCUCAUUACUAUCCUGACUUACUGGUCAAUAUCUCAAAUCCAGAGGCAUCAGCCUCACAGAAGACAACAAGCCACACACUACUUUAUUAUUCUACAAAUUGACAAAGGCUUUCUACAGUACUCUUCUAGGCAUAAACCUCUGCCACUGAUUUAAGGAGGUACCACUGCAGUUGUCCCAGGAAAAUGUGAUAGUAACAAAAGACAACAGAAUCUAACAAAUUCAUGAAAAUAUACAUCUCUGGACAGAGGAUGUAGCUCAGUAGUGCCACUGACUGCCUCGAAAGCGCAAGGUCCUGAGUUCAAUCCCCGGCACCAAAAAAAAAAAAAAAGAAAAGAAAAGAAAGAAAUAUACAUAUCUAUUUUCUACUGAGCUUGCCCAAUAUUAGAUAUCGUCUCAUCAUAAGAAUCGGUUAUCCUCUCUCCAAACCCACAAGGACUCCAGCAAGAAAUCUGCAUAUGCAAAAACACUUCUUAAAAGCAACCUCUUUGCUGCCAAAACUGAGCCUGUGUGAAACAGACAACCCUCUCUGUUUCCAUGAAGAUGGAAAUUUGCCAAAGUUAUUGGGCCUUGAGGGUGUGAACACUUGCCUGCGAUCCUUCCCAUAUAUAAGCAUCACACUUAUCUCAGAACCCAUAGAACUCCCUGGACAAAAUUUAAAGGAGCCUCCUACCCUGACUGAAAGCACUUCCCAGCACCUGCUGUCUCUCAGCACCAUGAGUAAGGAAUCUGAUGGAAAUCUAAUAGAAGACAGCCUGGUUCAGUUGAGAUGUCACUUUACAUGGGAGCUGAUAAUUGACGGUAUUGACAUGCCUGAUUUAGAAAACAGGGUUUUGGAAGAGAUUGAGUUCCUUGACACCAAGUACAACGUGGGAAUUCACAACCUCCUGGCCUAUGUGAGACACCUGAAAGGCCAGAAUGAUGAAGCCCUGCAGAGCUUGAAAGAAGCUGAAGACUUAAUCCAGAGAGAGCACACUGACCAGUUAGACAAGAAGAAUGUGGUGACCUGGGGCAACUAUGCCUGGGUGUAUUACCACAUGGGCAGGUUGGCAGAUGCCAAGGCAUACCUGGAUAGGGUGGAGAAGACUUGCAAGAAGUUUGAAGGUCCCUCACAUUUUAGGAUGGAGUGUCCUGAAAUGGACUGUGAGGCAGGAUGGGCUUUGCUGAAGUGUGGAAAAAGGAACUAUAAGCGAGCCAAAGCCUGCUUUGAAAAGGCUCUGGAAGUGGAGCCUGAAAACCCUGAAUUCAACACUGGAUAUGCCAUUACUGCCUAUCGCCAGGAUAACAAUAGGAAUGAAAUUUCUCUAGAUCCGUUGAGGAAGGCCAUGAGGCUAAAUCCAGAAGACACAUAUAUCAAGGUCCUCCUUGCCCUAAAGCUUCAGGAGAUAGGAGAGGAAGCUGAAGGAGAAAGGUACAUUGAAGAAGCCCUGAGCAAUAGGUCCUUCAGGACUUAUGUCUUUCGAUAUGCAGGCAAGUUUUACAGAAGAAAAAACUGUGUAGAAAAAGCUCUUCUGUUCUUUGAAAAGGCCUUGCAGGCAACUCCCAACUCUGCCUUCUUGCAUUACCAGAUCGGGCUUUGCUACAAGACACAAAUGAUCCAAGUAAAGAAGGCUACAAACAUGAAGCCAAGAGGCAGGGAUAGAAAAAAUGUGGACAGAUUGGCUGGACUGGCUAUAUCUGAAUUUCAAAGCACUUUACAACUAAAGCCCACAUAUGACAUGGCUUAUGUUUCUCUGGCUGAAAUGUAUGCAGAAAUAGGCCAAUUAAGAAAGGCAGAGGACAAUUUUCAAAAAUUAUUCUGCAUGGAGAAUAUUGAUAAUCAUAUACAACAAGAGAUACAUUUCCGCUAUGGUCGUUUCCAAGAAUUUCACAGGAAAUCUGAAGAUAAAGCAAUCACUCAUUAUUUAAAAGGUCUAAGAAUAGAAGAAAUGUCAUAUACCACAGAAAAACUUCUAAGUGCUCUGGAGAAAUUGGCUGAAAGACGUGUGUACCAGAAUGUUCACAUUGUGGAAAGCUUCAGCCUCCUUGGCCUGGUCCACAAAUUGAAAGGGAAUAUGAAUGAGGCCUUGCUAUGCUAUGAGAAGGCUCUGAGGCUCACUGAACACCUGAAUCCUAUAUUUUGAAGGACAACUCCCAUUACCAAUUUCAUGUGCUCAUAACUAAAUAUAACCACAAUCUUUCCUAGUUGCUACCUCCAAAAUGUAUAACCUGGUAAAACACAAAACUGUUGAACACAACUCACCCUCUGCUGCCUGCCCAGCCCCACUUUCUUUCCCCGGAAUAGUGUGUUGUGUGUCUAUAACAGAAGCCUUGCUCUUCUACCAACUCUCUUGCAUUAGUUGACCAGGGUUGAUUCAUUGUGUUUGGGGCACCUCUCAGCUCAUGGACUAUCAAGAAUAAUUUUCUUUAUGAAUAUGCCUUUGGAAUGAACAGCUUCCAUCCUCAGUCUGUUGGUAUCCAGAACAGAGACUUCUACAGGGAAGGGUUCUUUCUCAAGUGGCCAAAAGCUCUGAGCUACAACAGGAUUUAAGAGCAAAGCAAAUGACCAAAGAUACUAGAUUAGAUAAAGGAUAGAGAUUCAGGAGUUGCCUACAGAAUUUGAACUUGGAGUUCUAUUUCUCCAGACCUUUUGUUUUUCUUGGACAAGAACUGCUGGUGAGCCCAGCCCACAGCAUUAUAAUCCAUUCCAUCUUUUGUCUACGUGUAUGUAGCUGCUAACACAAGGAAUCUAUACGAUCCAAACACAUUACUGAACAUUUGUUCACAGCAUAGAAGACUUUUAAUGUGUAAGGGGGAAAAAAGGAAGGAGAUAACAUAUUUGGGAUGUACAAACUGAAAACAACAUAGAUUCAUACAGUUUUGGGGUGCUUAUUGUGUUGUGUGUGAUAGAAUUACCUUUGUCUCCUGACCAAAAGUAUUACUUUUGCUAAGAUCACAGAUUCUUUCUAUUAUGCUGGAUAUAUUAACAAUGAUAUGUAUUCUAUAUUGGUGUGGACAUAGGAAAACUGCAGUAACAAGUUACCCAACACAAAGGGUGUUCAGACAAAAGAACCCACACAAUUAUACACACUGCCAAGUCUUUUUUUAUUUUUUUAUUUUUAUUUAUUUAUUUUCUUUCUGGUACCAGCGAUUGAACUCA